CGAUUAUGCUAUUUCAUGCAUCAUUGCUCUGCCUUGGACAUGACGAAGCGAAUGGGGGCAGCGCAUGAAAACAAUGCCAAGGGUUACGCAGCGUGCUCCUUUAUCAUGUUAUCCGUGUUCCAAGAGGAAGAUGCGCUGCUCCAAAACCAUCCCUUGCCUGCAUUGCGUGCGUCGAGGGAUCCCGGAGCAAUGUGUGCGCGAGGCUGUCAUUCUGACUAAGACUCUUCCUGGGUCACCGUUAAAGAUAUCUCCCUCACAGCUAGAAAUCAGCGGCGAAACCACUAGGAAUGGCACCUCUGGUCCGGUUGCAUACGUCUCGAAUGGAGCAGCACAGAGACCUUCAGAUGUCACUUGCAAUAGCUCGAAUCAUCCGGAUCUCGAAAGAAUUUUGUCGCCCACGCCUUUGCCAAUCGAGACCGUCCUUAGGCCCGGUUGGAAUCUGGAGUCGACUUCUUUGGCGCCGGAAUACAGUUCACUUCGCCGACAGUCUGGCAGUCGACCCGCCGGCGAAACAGACACUUCUCAGCGACCUUCUGAGCCGAAUAUAGAGGUAGAGGCUGCGAAUAAUCUGGAGACUUUAUCGUGGGGCAGCCACCAAGGCCUUGCUGAGACAAGCCGUUCUCGAAACUGGGCGUUGCGUAUACGCGGCUCCCUCACAGCUUUCCAGGAGAGAGACGUGCUUGAGUUCCAUCGAAUCCAUGUAGCUUGGACACAUAAUGUUUUGCACAUGCCUACGUUUAUUCAAGAGUGCCAGCUACAUCGUCAGACGCCGCAAAGUCUGCCGAAAGCUGCAUGGCUGGUUCUGUAUUAUGCCGUUCUAAGCCUGUCAUUCAUGUAUAUGGGAAAGGAACGCGCCGAUCGAAUAGGCCUACCAGAUCUCCAUUUGCUCUCACAAAGCUUCUACGAACUUGCGCUAGAAUCUAUGCAUGCCGCUGAACUGGCCACGAGCAAUUCAAUCCACUUGCUACAGGCCAUAUGUGUAAUCCUGCCGUGUUGCCAUGCUUUUGGGGACGGUAAGCGAAUCAUUGUUCUUCUGGCUAUGGCGAAUGCAGCAGCACAAAUGAUGAAUCUCCACAGACUGGAGCCAUCUCAGCAACGGUCGUGGACAAUGCCUGAAAUCAUCGACCGUGAAAUAAAGAAACGUGUCUGGUGCUUCUUGUGCAUACAAGAUCACUACCUCACGACAUUCAAACGCAGUUAUUCCAUUGUCAUGGCACACUGCACAACGCCUCCACCGGCUAAUUGCUUCGAAGAAGAUGUCGCAGCUGAAGUGCCCGUCGAAUGGUUCACACAAUGUACAUAUCAGCGUCUGCUAUUCGACAUGACGAACAUUGCACGGGCGCUUUUUGACAACGUCGCAUCUCUUGAAAAGCAAAACUGCGAUAUGUCUGAGAUCUUUGAGAAAGUUCUCGAGGCUGAUACAAAUAUGAACCGCCUCGCGUGGGACAUGAGAUACUGGCUUCGGGCGCAAUCCACAGAAGGCAGCGGAAUUCAAGUCUACAACACUGAAAGUGCAGGGGCAGUCAUUGAGAAUGUUCGUCGAACGAUGCGAAUCUCUUUCUGCCAUAAACGCAUUGCUAUCCACCGAAGCUUUUUUUGCCGGAGUCUGGCAGAUAGGAGAUUUCACUACUCAUAUUCGACAUGCCUCGAUUCCGCGAGAACCAUUUUACAGGAGGUGACGCAGUCCUGCACCAAGCCAUUUGAGAUUGAUUGCUGGACGAUUCCUGCCCACGCAAUCAGCGCGUGCAUCAUCAUCAUGCUGAAGACGGUUUUUUCGCGCUGUUUCAUCAUGGACGAACUCUCAGCUCAGAGCACACAAGACCAAGACCUGAUGGAAAACUGUCUGAAUAUUUUGAGGCCGUUGAAAGAUAGGAACAAGAUUGUGGAGAGGGGCAUGACGAUGAUACAGAGGUUGAUCGAUAGCAAAUACGAGCCGGAACGAACGUACACGGCUCUUGACUCUGAGGAGAUGGCACGCCUUGUUCGCGAAGUGGAGGAGAAGAUCAGCGCAGAGAACGGCAUGGAGGACAUAAGCUGUAUGGCGUUCAGCGAUGGCAUCUUCAUGCUCUUUGAUGAAUAAGAGUAUUCGCUCGUCCCAAUGUGCAGGUUGGGAUGGAACAAUAAGUACUAGGGGUGGCCUCGAUCCGUUUGCUCAGCGGGUACCAGUUCUACCAAUGAGAGCAUCUUGUAGCAUCUUCUGCUACAGAACAGUUCACGAAGUAAAACGAGCAGCCAUCUCUCGUACUUUUUCAGUCUCGAUAAUUGAAG